AUGAAGCGCAAACUAUGUGUGACCCCGCCCUUCACCUGUGACGACGACAUGGAGGAGCUUAAUGUGGCAGCUCUGUCCCGAAGGAAGGAGUCGGCCGCUCCUCUAACGGAGAGAGAUGGCACGAUCUUCCGUCACGCUCUGAACUACCCGUUGGCGGUCGUGCUACGAUUGAGAGUGUUACAGAUAGUAUGCGGGAUAUCUGCCAUGGUUAUGGGCAGCGUCGCGUUCAUUGAGGAGAGGCAGAAGUUCAACAUGGGGCUGGGGAUACCAGCGGGGGGGCUCACUGUCAUAGCUGCAGCCGUGUCAAUCCAUACAUCGCGAGGCUGGAACGCUGUGACAGGCGGAGCGGGGCCUGGAGCGAGCGCGGCAAGCGUUUUGUGGGCGGCGGCCGCGUGCUUACUGCUGGCUUUGGUUGUGCAGUGCUGUAGAACUAUACUGGAUCCUCCUGGGCUUAACCAUGGAGAUGGCCCUCCAGAAGAUGACUCAGUCACGUCGCCCCGCGACUUGGUAGUAAUAGCUUGCGUGCAAAUAACGCUGGCAGUUGCUACUUUACUCAGUGCAGCCGUGUGCGCUCGAAUCGACUGCAAGACAUGA